CCGGGCUAGCGGGGAAGAGCGGGCGGCGAGGGAGAGCGACUUCCCUCACCACCCCUAGCGCCGCGACCGCGGCGGCCGCCGGCCAGGGGCGCGUCAGCCGCGCCAAGCCGCCAGGCGCUCGGGAUCCGUCGGGGGUCGGGCGGGGAUGGAGCCGGGCCCCAAGGCGCCCUCCUCCGGCUCCCCGAGGCUGUCCGGGGUCGGGGAGCCGCCGCCAGCUGCCGGCGCGCUUGCAGCCGCCCGGGUGGAGCUGCCCGGCACGGCCGUGCCUUCGGUGCCGGAUGAUGCUGCGGCCGCGAGCCGGGCCGGCGGCGGGGUGCGAGGCGAGGGCGCCGCGGCGGCCGGCGACGGGCUGGGGAGACCCCUGGGGCCCACGCCGAGCCAAAGCCGCUUCCAAGUGGACGUGGUUGCAGAGAACGCCGGGCGGGCCGCGGCGGCGGCGGCGGCGGCGGCGGCAGUCGCGGGGGCCAAGGAGACCCCCGCGGACGGGAAAGUCGGCGGCGAAAGCGGCCCGGCCAAGGGCAGCGAGGAAGCCAAGGGUCGCUUCCGUGUGAACUUCGUGGACCCGGCUGCCCCCCCGCCGGCCGACGAGAGCCUGUUGGAUGCGGCGGUGGUCGGAGGCGACGGGCCCAACGUGAGCUUCCAGAACGGCGGGGACACGGUGCUGAGUGAGGGCAGCAGCUUGCACUCGGGCGGCGGCAGCGGGCACCACCCGCACCACUACUAUGACACGCACACCAACACCUACUACCUGCGCACCUUCGGCCACAACACCAUGGACGCCGUGCCCAGGAUCGACCACUACCGGCACACGGUCGCGCAGCUGGGCGAGAAGCUGCUCCGGCCCAGCCUCGCCGAGCUCCACGACGAGCUGGAAAAGGAGCCCUUUGAGGAUGGCUUUGCAAACGGGGAAGAAAGUACUCCGACCAGAGACGCUGUGGUCACAUAUGCUGCGGAAAGCAAAGGGGUCGUGAAGUUCGGCUGGAUAAAGGGCGUAUUAGUACGUUGUAUGUUAAACAUUUGGGGUGUGAUGCUCUUCAUUAGGUUAUCUUGGAUUGUGGGUCAAGCUGGAAUAGGUUUAUCGGUCGUUGUAAUAGCCAUGGCCACUGUUGUGACAACUAUCACCGGAUUAUCCACAUCAGCAAUAGCUACUAAUGGAUUUGUACGAGGAGGAGGAGCAUAUUAUUUAAUAUCUAGAAGUCUAGGGCCAGAAUUUGGUGGUGCAAUUGGUCUGAUCUUUGCUUUUGCCAAUGCUGUUGCAGUCGCUAUGUAUGUGGUUGGAUUUGCAGAAACUGUGGUGGAGUUGCUUAAGGAACAUUCCCUUCUUAUGAUAGAUGAAAUUAAUGAUAUCCGAAUAAUUGGAGCUAUAACAGUGGUGGUCCUCUUAGGUAUCUCAGUAGCAGGCAUGGAGUGGGAAGCAAAAGCUCAGAUUGUGCUUUUGGUGAUUCUGCUACUUGCUAUUGCUGAUUUCAUCAUAGGAACAUUUAUCCCUAUGGAGAACAAGAAGCCCAAAGGUUUCUUUAGUUAUAAAGCUGAAAUCUUUUAUGAAAACUUUGGACCAGAUUUUCGAGGUGAAGACAAUUUCUUUUCUGUAUUUGCCAUCUUUUUUCCUGCUGCAACUGGUAUUCUGGCUGGAGCAAAUAUCUCAGGUGACCUUGCAGAUCCUCAGUCAGCCAUACCCAAAGGAACACUUUUAGCCAUUUUAAUUACCACGGUGGUUUACGUAGGAAUUGCAGUGUCUGUUGGUUCUUGUGUUGUUCGAGAUGCUACUGGGAGUGUUAAUGACACUAUUGUAUCAGAGUUCACAAACUGUACUACUGCAGCUUGUAGUUUAAACUUUGACUUUUCAUACUGUGACAGCAAUCGUUGUUCUUAUGGCCUAAUGAACAAUUUUCAGGUAAUGAGCAUGGUGUCUGGAUUUGCACCAUUGAUUUCUGCAGGUAUCUUUUCAGCCACUCUUUCCUCUGCUUUAGCAUCUCUUGUGAGUGCUCCCAAAAUAUUUCAGGCUCUAUGUAAGGACAAUAUCUACCCAGCUUUCCAAAUGUUUGCUAAAGGAUAUGGGAAAAACAAUGAACCUCUUCGUGGCUACAUUUUAACAUUCUUAAUUGCACUUGGAUUCAUCUUGAUUGCUGAACUGAAUGUUAUUGCUCCAAUUAUUUCUAACUUCUUCCUUGCAUCAUAUGCACUGAUCAAUUUUUCAGUAUUCCAUGCAUCACUUGCAAAAUCCCCAGGUUGGCGUCCUGCAUUCAAAUACUACAACAUGUGGAUAUCACUUCUUGGAGCCGUACUUUGUUGUGUAGUGAUGUUCGUCAUUAAUUGGUGGGCUGCACUGCUAACUUACGUGAUAGUCUUGGGACUGUAUAUUUAUGUCACCUAUAAAAAACCAGAUGUGAACUGGGGAUCCUCAACACAAGCCCUGACUUACCUGAGUGCAUUGCAGCAUUCAAUUCGUCUUUCUGGUGUUGAGGACCAUGUGAAAAAUUUUAGGCCACAAUGUAUUGUUAUGACUGGUUCUCCAAACUCACGCCCAGCUUUACUUCAUCUUGUUCAUGAUUUCACAAAAAAUGUUGGCUUGAUGAUCUGUGGUCAUAUACAUAUGGGCCCUCGAAGACAAGCCAUGAAAGAGAUGUCUGUUGAUCAAGCCCGAUAUCAGCGAUGGCUUAUCAAGAACAAAAUGAAAGGUUUUUAUGCCCCUGUACAUGCAGAUGACUUGCGAGAAGGUGCACAGUAUUUGAUGCAGGCUGCUGGCCUUGGGCGUAUGAAACCAAACACACUUGUCCUUGGAUUUAAGAAAGAUUGGAUGCAAGCAGAUAUGAGGGAUGUAGAUAUGUAUAUAAACAUGUUUCAUGAUGCUUUUGAUAUGCAGUAUGGAGUAGUAGUUAUCCGUCUAAAAGAGGGAUUGGAUAUAUCUCAUCUUCAAGGACAAGAAGAAUUACUAUCAUCACAAGAAAAAUCUCCUGGUGUCAAAGAUGUGGUAGUAAGCAUGGAGUAUAGUAAAAAAUCAGAUUUAGAUACUUCCAAACCAUCUGGUGAAAAAGCUGUUCCGCAUAAAGAUGAGGAAGAGGAUGGCAAGACUCCAACUCAACCACUGUUGAAAAAAGAAUCUAAAGGCCCUGGUGUACCUUUAAAUGUAGCUGACCAAAAGCUUCUUGAAGCUAGUACACAAUUUCAGAAAAAACAAGGAAAGAGUACUAUUGAUGUCUGGUGGCUUUUUGAUGAUGGAGGUUUGACCUUACUGAUACCUUAUCUUCUGACUACCAAGAAAAAAUGGAAAGACUGUAAAAUCAGAGUUUUCAUUGGUGGAAAAAUUAACAGAAUAGACCAUGACCGGAGAGCGAUGGCUACUUUACUUAGCAAGUUCCGGAUAGACUUCUCUGAUAUUAUGGUCCUAGGAGAUAUUAAUACUAAGCCAAAAAAAGAAAAUAUUAUAGCUUUUGAUGAAUUGAUUGAGCCAUAUAGACUUCAUGAAGAUGAUAAAGAACAAGACAUUGCAGAUAAAAUGAAAGAGGAUGAGCCAUGGAGAAUAACAGACAAUGAGCUUGAACUUUAUAAGACCAAGACAUACCGGCAGAUCAGGCUAAAUGAAUUAUUAAAGGAACAUUCUAACACAGCUAAUAUCAUAGUCAUGAGUCUCCCCGUUGCACGAAAAGGUGCUGUAUCGAGUGCACUCUAUAUGGCAUGGCUAGAAGUUCUGUCUAAAGACCUCCCACCGAUUCUCCUAGUCCGAGGGAACCAUCAGAGUGUCCUUACCUUCUAUUCGUAAAUGUUACGCAGUGGAUAGCCCUCUGGAUGGUACUUCAGUGCCUCGUGGUGAAGUAACUGACUCUUCGAUGACACAUUAACAUCACAAUGGCGAACUGUGACUUUUUUCCUUCACUAUUUUAUUCAUUUGAAAGCACACUGGGAGUUGCUCCAUCGACUUGGGUGUGGCAACUUCAGUUUAGUCAAUUCCAUAUCUCAGUCGUACUGGAUUCCUUGGCUUUGAACACAAGCUCACGAGAGUAAAGAUUUUCUUUGCUACUUGAAAAGCAAUAAAAGUGUGUUAUUGAAAGGAGUACAAAAAGCCUUUAGCCUUGAGGUGCCUUCUGAAAUUAACCAAAUUUCAUUCAUAUAUCCUCUUUUAUAAAUUUUCAGAAUGUCAAAUUUUGACUUAAGCCAUUUUUAUUUCUAGUCUCUUCCAUCUUAAAUGGACACCGCGUUUCUUCUUCCAUUGACCAAUUAGUGUUGAAUACUGUAUUUUUUUUAUUACUUUUAUAAAAGUAUGUUAUAUAUUAAAGGUAAGAAUUAGGGCAGGUCAGUGAAAAUGAAAAAAGAAAAAAAAAUUGAACAAAAAAUGACUCCAAGGGUAGGUUUGUGGUAAGUAUGUAGAUUUAAGGGGAAAAGAGCCAAUACCCCCUUUAUUUUUUUAACUUCGGAUUGGCUGUUUUAACUUCUACUAUUGACUUGUAAACAAAUUCCAAGAUUUUUUUUUUUUUCAAUUAGGAGAGAUCUGUCUUUAAAAAUCCCUUCAAGAAAUGCUAAAAGAUAUUUCUGGAGGAAAAUUUGACAGCAAUGCUAUUUAAUAUACUGUUUCAAUAUACACUAUAUGGAAUUUCACAUAUACUAUAUGUAUAUCCUUUAUAAAUAGUUAAAUAUUUAAUGUUUCAUCAAAUGGUUAAAUGGACCACUGGUUUCUUAAUGAAACAUUUUUAGGCUUCACUCAAUUUGUCAGGUAUACUCAGGAUUGAACACAUUAUUCUAAAUAAUCAAAUGUAAUUCAUUCUUCAUACUUUGAAACUUUUUUGUUAAGAAAAACUGCCAGUUUGUGCUUUGGAAAUGUCUAUUUGACAAUUUUGGACAAUUUUGAUAGUGCACGUGCACUGUUAACUAGAAGCUUUAGGAUUAUUAUGUGAAGUUUUUCAUUUUUUAUUCAAGGAAGGAUUUCCUAAAAACAUUUCAAGGGAUAUAUGUCUAUGCAGCUGUAUAUGUGGAUGUAUAUGCAUAUACAGAUGUGUAAAUGAUUUUUAAGUUGGUUUUUUGGGGUUUUUUUUUUUGCAUUUGGAAGUGAUCAAGAUUGAUUAGAUUAAAAUUCUCUUGUAAACACAAAUUUAAAAUUUGACAAACAUUUCCUAAGGGGAAGGCAUGUAACUUCACAUAGUUUCCACUCAGUUAAAUGGAGACUUUCCUCUACAGUGCUGUCUAGUGGAUUCAUUGGUAUGUGUGAGUGGCAAAGAAUUUGUGCAGGUUUUCAUGAAACCUGAUUAAAAGCUAAACAAGUACUGCUUUCGUCAAUAGUGCGUAUUUUUUUCCUGCAUGAGUAUGAAGUUAAUAUAAAAAUGGAGAUCUGAUCAUUUUGAAUUUAAAAAAAAUUAAUAAUUUCUUUUCCAAUUCUGCCCCCACACAUACACAUUUUAGCUCACAUCAUUGCUCCAGGUUUUGUAGUUUUGGUGGUAAGGACAGUAGAAGUUUCAUAUUGUUUAGUAUAAACAACGUUCGAGCUCUUUAAAUGGAUAAUAAGGCAUGAACUGAGUGCUGCUAUCUUGAAAUGUGCACAGGUACACUAAUUUUUUAUUUUACGUUUUUCCCAUUCAGGAAAACAUUGUGAUCUGUAUUGCAGGAACCAAAUGUCAUGCAUAAUACAUAUGUGUAUAAAGUAAAUAAACUAUACCUAAAUAUGCAUAAUGGGGGGAGGGUAAAACUGUCUGUGAAAUAAUGUAUGAAGCUUUUCACUUUUUAAAAAAUGCAUUUACUUUCACUUAACACUAGAUACCAGGUCAAAAUUUUCAGUUUUGUUGUAGUGCUCUAAUAAGUUUCAAAAAUUCUUAGAAGUACUAGCUAGCAUUGAAGCUGUUCUACUCUUAUUUAUGCUAAAUCUGAUCAUUUCAAUGCCAAAUCGUUUUUAGUUCUAAUCAUUGGUGAUGAAUUGGAAAUAAAUAAUUAUGCAAUGGUGUUUGAUAGUUCAUUAUUUCUAUAGGUAAAAAGUGAGUGGGUUUAGAAAGAAUGAUGGUGUAAAACCAAUUAUUAACAGUUAAAUCAUAUUUAUUUGUUACAUUUUUCAUUUGUAUUUUAGGCUUCCUUUUACAUCUUUUUAUAUGCUUUCUGACGUUACAUAUUUUUAAAGACUAUGGAAAUAAUUUAAAGAUUUGAACUCCGGUGGAUGUUUAUCUACUAAGUGUGAAAAUGUAAUAUUUUGAUAAUACUGUACUAUAAUUGUCACAGAAAUGCUUUUCUAAUGUUUUAAUGUUGAGUAUUGCAGUUGCUGCUUUGUACAGAGGUUACUGCAAUAAAGGAAGUAGAUUCUUUAAAACUCUA